CGGGUUUGAUGCGGGGAUGAAGUCCUCGGUGGCCAGCGCGCCGCGCUCAGUCCUCGGAGCCGCUUUAGCCGCACAACUUUUAUUAUCAACUGCGCGUCCAGCCCGAGGCGAAACUCAGCAGACGGUUCUCUCUCAGGUUUCUCUCUAAUUCUGCCUCCAACUCGAGGCCAGACGAGACCCGUCGCGCAGUAUCCCCGCCACCUUUCCUGGAUUUUUUUUUUUUUUUCCCGCAGCCAAACAAGUCCCGGUGCUUUGGGAGGAUUUAGGAAAAGAGGGAGCAAAGCACACUUUUUUACCACAUUGUUUGGAGCAGCAGCACUGACGAGGCGAUGUGGAGGAAGAAGGAGGUAUGAGGGGACUGGGUGCCGGGGACAGCUGUGCAGUGAGGUGCCCUGCUUGCGGAUCCAGCCUGCUCGAUCAUCGAGCUGAGGGAGAGAUUUUGGGGGUGAAGUCGUGCGGAGCACAAAGAGCUCAUUACGGCUGAUUUAUUUAUUUAUUUUUUUUACAAGUUACAAACAGGCAUCUCACCGCUUGCUGCCUGAUAACUGGAUUGGAAAAGGAGCGUGUAGCACCCUGGUUUGUUUUUUUUUAUUUUCUGCCCCGGCUUUUUACUACCACGCAAAGUUGGACAAGUUUCCAACGUCGUAGUGAAGGAGCCGCUUCCACUCGCUUUAUAUUCACAGCUGCAUUCUGCCAACCUCUGCAGCGGUUUGAUCAGUGUGGGCUUUAAAAAAAAAAAAAAAAUCAAGUCCACUUUAAAUGCGGACUGGUCCACGGUCAGAGAGUACUGCACAGCCGAGCUUGGUGUUCUGUCCAGGUCGACUCGUUGGUCCCUCUGUAGUAACGCCACCAUGGAGCUGAUACACAGCAGCCUUGUCCUGCUGGGGUUCCUCCUCCUGGAUUGGACUCUUCGAGCUGCUGCAGAAGAAGAGGUCCUGAUGAACACAAAGACAGAGACUUCUGAUCUUAAAUGGACCAUCUUCUCGCGCGCCAAACCCGAGUGGGAAGAAGUGAGCGGUUUAGACGAGGAGAACAACAGCGUGAGGAUCUAUCAGAUCUGCCAGACCGACAGCUCGUCCAGCCACUGGCUGCGCAGCGGCUUCAUCCAGCGGCAGGCCGCCUCGCAGGUUUACGUGGAGCUGCGGUUCACCAUGAUGGAGUGCUCCUCCACCAGCACGCACCACCGCAGCUGCAAGGAGACCUUCAACGUCUACUACUACCAGGCCGACUCCGACGAGGCCACGGCCACCUACCCCCCCUGGAUGGAGAAUCCUUACGUCAAGGUGGACACGGUGGCUGCGGACUUUCUCCUGAGCAAAGACGGGGAGCGGAAAUUCAAUGUGAAGACCUUUCGAGUCGGCACUCUUUCAAAGAGAGGCUUCUAUUUGGCCUUCCAGGCUCAGGGCGCCUGCAUGGCCCUGCUGUCCGUCAGGGUCUUCUUCAAGAAGUGCCCCCCCCUGGUCAGCUCGCUCUCCGCCUUCCCCGAGACCGUCCCGCGCACCCUGGUCCAGCAGGCUCAGGGCGUGUGCGUGGAGCACGCCACCCAGCAGGGACCCCGACCCCGUCCGCCCAAGCUCUUCUGCGGGGAGGACGGCCAGUGGGUGGGCCAGCCGACCACGUCCUGCGCCUGCCUGCCGGGAUUCGAACCCGCCGAGGGACACACGCGGUGCACAGCCUGUCCUGUGGGUCAGUUCAAGUCGGGCUCGGAGGGACAGUGCACAAGCUGUCCACGAUUCAGCCAGGCCACCGUCAGGGGAGCGUCGGUGUGUGCGUGUCACUCCGGAUACCUGCGUGCAGAAUCGGACACGCCUGACACUCCGUGCACCAAAACCCCCUCGGCCCCGCGCAGCAUCAUCCCACAGAUCAACGACACCACGCUCAGCCUGGAGUGGAACGAGCCUCUGGACAGCGGCGGCAGGACGGACCUGAGCUACGCCGUCCGCUGCUCCGUGUGCCGCUCCCCCAAAGGGGCGUGCAUCCCCUGCGGGGACAGCGUGAGCUACCGGCCGGCGGCGGACGGGCUGCUGGGGCGGCGGGUGGAGGUGUGGGGCCUGCUGCCGCACACCACGUACACCUUCACCAUCCAGGCGCUCAACGGCGUGUCCCAGCUCAGCACCAAGGACCCUGCCAGCGAGAGCGUCAACAUCACCACGAGCCAUGACGUGCCGUCGCUGGUGUCUGUGAUUCGGAAGAGUGACUCCACUGAGAGCAGCCUGACUCUGCAGUGGUCGGUCCCGGCUCAGCCUCACUACACCGUCCUGCAGUAUCAGCUGCGCUACUGCGAGAAGGACCGACGCAGCGAGGAUCAGUGCCACUACACAGAGAGCAAGAGGAACCAGGCCGUGCUCACAGACCUCCGCAGAGCCACCCAGUACGAGGUGCAGGUCCGGGCGCGCACCAUGGCCGGCUACGGCAGCUUCAGCCCCGCCGCCGUCUUCCGCACGCUGCCUGACGGACACGACUCUGCCUCCCAGUUCUUGGUACCUGGCAUCCUUAUCGCCGUCGGGAUGCUGCUGCUUGUCACUUUCGUCUUUGUGGCCGCCUACUGCAUACGCCGACACAGCCGAAUAAAGGACCCGGAGCUGAGUGACAAAAACAGCCAGUACCUCAUCGGCCAAGGGGUCAAGGUUUAUAUCGACCCUUUCACCUACGAGGACCCCAAUGAGGCAGUGCGAGAAUUUGCGAAGGAAAUCGACGUUUCCUUCGUCAAGAUUGAGGAGGUUAUCGGCGCCGGCGAGUUUGGCGAGGUGUGUCGAGGACGGCUGAGGGUCCCGGGGAAGAAAGAAAACUACGUAGCCAUCAAGACUCUGAAGGGCGGAUACACGGAGAAGCAGAGACGGGACUUCCUGUCCGAGGCGUCCAUCAUGGGACAGUUCCAGCACCCCAACAUCAUCCACCUGGAGGGCAUCAUCACCGCCAGCUGUCCCGUCAUGAUCCUCACCGAGUUUAUGGAGAACGGCGCUCUGGACUCCUUCCUGCGGCUGAACGACAGCCAGUUCACACCCAUCCAGCUGGUGGGGAUGCUGCGCGGCAUCGCCUCCGGCAUGAAGUACCUGGCAGAGAUGAGCUACGUCCACCGAGACCUGGCCGCCCGAAACAUCCUGAUCAACAGCAACCUGGUGUGCAAGGUGUCCGACUUCGGCCUGUCCCGCUUCCUGCAGGAGAACUCCUCCGACCCGACCUACACCAGCUCCCUGGGAGGUAAGAUCCCAAUCCGCUGGACAGCUCCGGAGGCGAUCGCCUUCAGAAAGUUUACCUCGGCCUCAGAUGUGUGGAGCUACGGCAUUGUCAUGUGGGAGGUCAUGUCUUUUGGAGAGAGGCCCUACUGGGACAUGAGCAACCAGGACGUAAUCAAUGCCAUAGAGCAGGACUACCGGCUGCCGCCGCCGCCCGACUGCCCCACCCACCUGCACCAGCUGAUGCUGGACUGCUGGCAGAAGGACCGCUCGGCGCGACCUCGCUUCACCGACCUCGUCAGCGCCCUGGACAAACUCAUCCGCAACCCGGCGUCGCUGAAGAUCGUGGCUCAAGAAGGGGCGGGGCCGUCCUACCCCCUGCUGGACCAGCGUGCACCUUUAGCCCUCUCGCCGUGCGCCUCGGUGGGGGAAUGGCUGAGGGCCAUUAAGAUGGAGCGCUACGAGGACAGCUUCCUGCAGGCCGGCUUCAGCUCGGUGGACCAGCUGGCUCAGAUCUCCACACAGGACCUGCUGCACAUGGGAGUGACCUUGGCCGGGCAUCAGAGGAAAAUCCUCUCCAGCAUCCAGACUAUGACCUUUCGGAACAAGAGCACUGCAACUGUGACCUUCUAGCCGACCUACUUCCCUGGACAUGAACACCGGCGCGCAGGUGCAGCCAUGUACUGAGAGCACUCUGAAUCCUCCCCUGUGGCCCACUUUGAGCACGGACUCCAAGGGAGAUUGGACAGUUUAUUCAUAACCAGGACAAAAAAAAAAAAGAGAAAGAGAGAGAGAGAGAAACAUCAGCAGAUAAGGAUGACUGAUGCCAGAGUUGCCCAGAGACUGGCAGCUCCCUAUCAGCCGGAGCGGCCAAGAGACGAAGCCGUGCAGCCCGGACAGCGGACUGUGCAUCAUUUUUACAGUUUGUGGUCAGUGUUUUUCAAAUCAGCCCAAGGUUAGGACGGCGUGCCAAACCAGAAGGAGCGACAGACCAGAGUUUACAGUUUGUGUCGUUUAAAGUCAUUUUACAGACAAUUUACUGGUUUGUUGUCCCCAAAAAAAAAAAAAAGAAAAAGAAAAAGAAAAAUGUCACUUUGCUUUAUCACCAAA